AUGGACACUGUCGGUUACAGCAAGUGGGACGGCAGGCUGGAGGAGGUCCACGGAGGGCACUGGGGACGCUGGGGACAGAGACCCCUCCUCCUGGCCCUGGCUCUCUUGGUGGUCACAAUCCUGUGGGCCCUCGUUCUGAGUGUCCUGUUUUCCAAGGCCUCCACAGAGCGCGGGGCGCUGCUCGGCCAACAGGAUCUGCUGAGGACAAACUCCUCGAAGCAGACGGCGGUGCUGGGUGUCUUGAAGGAGGAGGUCCGAGCCUGCAAUAGCUGCUGCCUGGGGACUCAGGCGCAGCUGCAGACCGUGCGCACCAAGCUUAGAGAGGCACAGUCGAAGCUGAUCCAGCAGGAGAGCGCCCUGAAAGAACUGAGCGAGCGCGUGACCCAGAGUUUGGCUGAAGCCGGUAGGGACCGUGAGAACAUCCGCAGUGAGCUCUUCCGGGCGCUGGAAGGAGUCCGGCUCGGGAACCGCUCCUGCGAGGAGUGCCCCAAGUCGUGGCUGCCAUUCCAGGGCUCCUGUUACCUUUUCUCCACCCAACGGGCCACGUGGGUGGAGGCGCAGCGCCACUGCGAGGGCGCCAGAGCGCACCUGGUGAUUGUCGGGGGCCUGGAUGAGCAGGGCUUCCUAAGUCGGAACAUUGGUAGCCGCGGUUACUGGCUGGGCCUGAGGGCCGUGCGCAGGGCGCGCAGGAUCCAGGGCUACCAGUGGGUGGACGGAGUCCCGCUCAGCUUCAGCUACUGGAAUCAGGGGGAGCCCAAUGACUCGCUGGGGCGCGAGGACUGCAUCAUGAUUCUCCGCACGGGGAUGUGGAACGACGCACCGUGCGACAACAGGGACGACAGCUGGAUCUGUGAGAAGAGGCUCAGCUGCUGAUCUCCCCCAGUGCCCCAGAGUCACGCCCACUGGCACUUGUCCAAUCGCCUGAGCCGCUCACCGUCCUGGCUCCGCCCACCACCAUUAAUUUCCCACCCCACCCACAGCGUAGGCCAGUAACUGCACUCUGAGACCUCUGCUCCAGCCUCACUGCAACCCCUCACCCGUGGACCGCACCUAGUCUCCACCCACUCCAAAAUCUGAGCUCCCCGGCCGUGUGAUCUGACCCUAUCGCCCUCCCUAACCAAGGUCAAGUAACU